AUGUUCGCGGGGAAGACGACUGCGCUGCUCGCGCGCAUGCACGAGGAGAUGGGGCGCGGCAGGAGUGUGGUGGUGGUGAAGUCAAAGGCCGACACGCGGUACGCGCGGGACGCGGUGGUGUCGCACGACGGCGCCGCCAUGCCGUGCCUUGCUGUGCGGAGCCUGCUGGAAGUGCUUUCAGAGGAUGGGGCGCACCGAGAGGCCUACGAGCAGGCAUCGGUGAUCGGGGUGGACGAG